CUCAAAGCAACAACGGCCAGCGAUGGCCGGCAAGCAGCCCAAGGACGCCUUCCCGCUGCUCAAGAGCGCGGAGAUCCUGCAGUGCCUCAACGAGCUGGGCAUCGCCUCCUCCGAGGACGAUCUCCUCCACCCGACCGGCCUCAAGGUGCAGCACAUAUACGCGUCGUUCAACGAGCUGCUGCUGCACCGGAAGCGCGAGGACAUGGCGCAGCCCGACUUCGAGGGGCUGCAGGAGCUGGAGUUCCCGGAGCUACACGAGCAGUCCGUCCCGAUGAUCGGCUUCCUCUCCGCCUGCCAAAAGCUGAUGGCGAUCGCGGGCGUGGGCGACUUCACGAUGAGCGACCUCAUCAAGCCGGAGGCGCGGCGAGUGCGGCGCAGCCUCUCCGCCGUCAUCAACCUAGCAAAGUACCACGAGGACAAGCUGCCCGGCUACAUGCAGUUCUCGCAGGAGACGGACGCGCUGCUCAACGCAAAGGCCUCCCUCGAGGAGGAGAGCGAGCGGCUACUCUCCGCGCGCAGGCAGGCGGAGCAGAGGCGUGCCGAGGAGGAGCCGGCGCUGCAGCAGAUGGAGGCGGAGAACGAGCAGCGGCAGGUCACCGUGCGCGAGCUCUUCAACUCACACACCGCGAUCCUCAACGAGUCGCACGCGCUCAAGGCCAAGGUGCAAGAGACGCGCGACGCUUCGCGGGGCCUCUCCUUCGAGCUCCUCAACGCGCGCGAGGAGGCGGAGAGCUUGCGCAAGCAGAUCGCCCCCGACCCGCGCGCGCUCAAGGACGAGCUGCAGGCGCUGCAUGACGCCGUCGCCCUCGAGAAGGCGGCGCUCAAGUCGCUCGAAGGCAAGUGCUCCGACGCCGCGAAGGGCGCCGCCGCCAUCGAGGCUGCGGAGGGGCAGCUGGACGAGCUUGCGCGGCUGCAGGCGGAGGCGGAGGCGGAGGCGCACCGGCUCAAGGAGACGCGGCGCGGCAUCAAGGCGGUGGCGGGGUCGACUCUCGGCCUCGAGACGGAGCGGGCGGAGCUGGCGCACCAGGUGCGCGCCGUCACGCAGCGGAUCGGCCACUGCAAGGAGCGCCUCGAGCGGCAGAAGGAGCAGCACGCGGCCAAGGAGGAGGACGCACGCGCCGCCCUCUCCCUCGCCGAGCGGCAGUGGGGCGAGCUGUCCGAGGAGAGGGAGAGGCACGAGCGGCAGCAGGACGACUCGGAGCUCGCGCUGCGCGAGCUUCGCGACAAGCACCUCUACGCGCGCAUGGAGCACGAGGCGGUGGCGGCGCGGCUGCAGCAGCUGCAGCAAAAGCUGUCGCUCCAGGUGCGCGCCUACCACCAGACGGUCCUGUCGGCGAUGGGGUCGGCCUCGGAGAGCACGCAGGGGCUGGCGGCGCAGGGCGUGGCGUGCUGAGGAGAACCGGGGGACCGGGGAGGGCGGGGGGGAGGGGGGGGGCGAUUGCCGGCUUUGUGUCGCCGGCUCUGGUCUAGAGAGC